CCCCCCCCGCCCUGUACAAGUCAGUGGAGGUGUCUCUUCAACGUGCAAGCUGUGAGACUGCUGCCCCAGAGAGAGCAAGGAUUCCUGCAAGGAGGAAAGGAGGCUUGGAGGUCUCACCUGACACAAUGACAGACAGAAGCCCCUUUGAGACAGACAUGCUCACCUUGACCCGCUACGUUAUGGAAAAGGGGCGACAGGCCAAAGGGACUGGGGAGCUCACCCAGCUGCUCAACUCGAUGCUGACUGCCAUCAAAGCCAUCUCCUCCGCUGUGCGGAAGGCCGGACUGGCCAAUCUGUAUGGAAUUGCGGGAAGUGUGAAUGUGACAGGAGAUGAGGUAAAGAAACUGGACGUGCUAUCCAAUUCCCUGGUCAUCAACAUGCUCCAGUCCUCCUACAGCACCUGUGUCCUAGUCUCUGAAGAGAAUAAAGAGGCGGUGAUCACAGCCAAGGAGAGAAGGGGGAAGUAUGUGGUUUGCUUUGACCCACUGGAUGGAUCUUCAAACAUUGACUGCCUGGCCUCCAUUGGAACCAUAUUCGCUAUCUACAGAAAGACCACAGAGGAUGAGCCUUCUGAGAAGGAUGCCCUGCAGCCUGGCCGCAAUAUUGUGGCUGCAGGCUACGCACUCUAUGGCAGCGCGACCCUGGUGGCCCUUUCUACAGGGCAAGGAGUGGACCUCUUUAUGCUGGAUCCGGCUCUUGGAGAGUUUGUGCUGGUGGAAAAAGAUAUCCGGAUUAAGAAGAGAGGGAAGAUUUUUAGCCUCAACGAGGGCUAUGCCAAGUAUUUUGAUGCUGCUACCACUCAGUAUGUACAGAAAAAGAAAUUCCCUGAGGAUGGCAGUGCACCUUACGGGGCCAGGUAUGUGGGUUCCAUGGUGGCUGAUGUGCAUCGCACCCUUGUCUAUGGAGGAAUCUUCAUGUACCCAGCCAACCAGAAGAGUCCUAAGGGCAAGCUCCGGCUCCUCUAUGAAUGCAACCCUGUGGCCUACAUUAUUGAGCAGGCAGGAGGCAUGGCGACCACAGGCACCCAGCCUGUACUGGAUGUGAAGCCAGAGAGCAUUCACCAGCGAGUUCCCCUCAUUCUGGGGUCCCCAGAAGAUGUACAAGAUUAUCUCACAUGUGUGCAGAGAAACCAAGCAGGCAGGGAGUGAGCCUGAGCUCACAGGCCCACUUCCCUUUGCCUUGUAUGUUAUUUUACGAAGGACUAGGUGGACGACCAAUGGAGAUGGCAGGAAAGGCAAACACGCCAAGCUUGCCAGGUCACUUUCCAAAUAGCACUCUACCACUAAGGGCGGGUUUAGAAGCCAGAGGUAAAGAUAUGGU